AGCAUAAACACGUUCUCUGUUCUUCUAGACCCCCAAAAUGAGACGGUUUGGUCCUCUUCGCCUCUUCUACCGUCCUUUACCUGCUGUUACCAAUUUCAUCAGAACACCACGCUGCCUUCAUCAGGGGGUCUUCACGGUUUCCUUUCCCUGCUGCCAGAGCGUCAUUGUAGGCCACAGCUGUCACCCCUGGAGGGGUGUGAGCAGCUCUGUCGUCAGUCAGCACAUCCAGGACCUGAGUGGACCUGAACAGAGACUGCUGAGGAGACUGUAUGAUGGACUGAUCUCAGGCCAGCGGGCGUCUCUGGCCGAGUCCAUCACUCUGGUGGAGACCCAGCACCCCAGGAGGAAAGAGCUGGCCCAGGUGCUGCUGCACAGGGUGCUGGCUCAUAGGAGGCAGCAGGAGAGAAGCAACGAAGGAAAGCCAGUGGCCUUCAGAGUAGGUCUGUCUGGUCCUCCUGGAGCUGGGAAGUCCUCCUUUAUUGAAGUGGUGGGAAAGAUGCUAACAGGACGUGGACAUAAAGUAGCAGUGCUGGCUGUCGACCCGUCGUCCUGCACCACAGGAGGGUCUCUGCUGGGUGAUAAAACUCGUAUGACGGAGCUUUCAAGAGACAUGAACGCUUUCAUCAGGCCGUCACCGACUUCAGGGACUCUCGGCGGGGUCACUCGAACAACCAACGAGGCCGUCGUGCUGUGCGAGGGGGCAGGAUAUGACAUCGUCCUGAUAGAAACCGUUGGUGUUGGUCAGUCGGAGUUUGCUGUGGCGGACAUGGUGGACAUGUUCGUGCUUCUGAUCCCACCAGCAGGUGGCGACGAACUCCAGGGUAUCAAGAGAGGCAUCAUUGAGCGAGCCGACUUGGUGGUGGUGACGAAGUCGGAUGGUGAUUUGGUGGUUCCAGCCAGGAGGAUCCAAGCUGAAUACACCAGUGCACUCAAGCUGCUCAGGAGGAGCUCUGCUUUGCCACUGGUGAUGCGAGCAUCCUCACACACGUCAGAGGGGAUCCCAGAGGUCUGGGCCAGGAUGCAAUCAUUCAGAGAUGCUGCGUUGGCCAGCGGGGAGCUGCAGAGCCGUCGGAGGGACCAGCAGAAAGUUUGGAUGUGGAGUUUGAUCCAGGAGAAUGUUCUCAGUCAUUUCCAUAAUCACCCGAGAGUCAAGGGAGCUCUGCCCCACCUUGAGGAGCAGGUCACCAGAGGAGACCUCUCUCCAGGACUGGCAGCUGACCUGCUGGUCAAAGCUUUCUCUAAAUCAUCUUCUUAG